CGGAAGUUAUCCGUAACCUGACAGGUUUCUCUUUGGGACACCGGAAGCAAUCGUGCGUUUGGUGACGCUGCAUUAGACUGCAAGACAUGAUUCAGACCAAGCUAUUCGGGGUUCUCCUCCUCAGCCUGGCUCUUGCUGGAGCUCAGGCUCUCACACCGUCUCACCACCUGUCCCUGUCUGAUGUGGGCCGGCUCCAGAAUCUUCUGAACCAACCGUACGACGACCUGGAGUCCGCAUACUACUCUGUGGUUGGGCUCACCAAGCUCGGAGCAGCUGUUCCGGAUCCUGCAGAAGUUUGCCAGUUCCUGAAAUCCCAGCUGGAUCCCGGUAGUGUUGAUUCUCUGUUUUUUGCUGCUGAAACCAGUAAGGCCAUUUCAGGAUGUGAGAUCCCUGUUUCCAAUGAAACCAGGGACAUCCUCCUGGCAGCGGUCAGCGAGGACUCGUCCAUGUCUCAGAUCCACCGGGCAGUGGGCGCUCUCAGCUCCUUGGGGCUCCCGCUCGCUUCACAGGAAGUGGUCGGUGCCCUCACGGCGCGUAUCAACAAGGAGGACAACGUCAUGGCCAUCAUCUCGGCCCUGCAGGCCGCAUCCCGCCUGUCCCAGCAGGCAGAACUGGGAGGAAUCCUGGAGGAGAUUGAGGAUCUGACAGCUCGCCUGGACGACCUGGGAGGCGUGUACCUGCAGUUUGAGGAGGGGCUGGAGGCCACUGCCCUGUUUGUGGCGGCGGCGUACGGCUUGUCGGACCACGUGGAUAUGGAGCCGCCUCUCAAGGAGGACCAGGUCAUCCAGCUGGUCAACUCCAUCUUCAGUAAGAAGUCAUGGGACUCUCUGUCCGAGGCGUUCAGCGUGGCGAGCGCCGCUGCUGCCCUGUCCAACAACCGCUUCCACGUCCCCGUGGUGGUCAGCGCUCAGGGCCCGGCCACCGUGUCCCACAACCAGCCGACCCUGCAGCUCCUGGUCACUGACGUCAUGUCCCAGCCUCUGGCCUCAGCCAGCGUUCUGGUGGAGUCUGCAUACGCUGUGGCCUCCAAGACCGCCGUUCUCAACCAGGCACCGUUCACUCAUAAUGAUGGCGUCUUUGAACUGAAUUUCAUGUCCAGCCAGCCGGCCAGUGGAUAUUACCAGUUCACUAUUGGUGUGACUGGGGACAGCCGACUGGUGGCCAAUCACAUUGAGGUACGAAUAGUUUCACUAACUAGCCAUGUUUAGGUCAAGUGUAGGCGA